UCGGUCUAAAUAGAAAGUUCUUUUCGCGAAAAUAAUUGUCCCGAUUUUCUUUUAUUGUUUGCAAAUGUACAAAUAAAGAGUUUUAAUUCAGCAACAAUACAAACUAAUUAAAGUGAUUAGUGUUUAAAAUUGAUAUGUGAUUUUAAGAAAAGUUUAUGUGAAUGGCGAGAGCGUGUGAAAUUAGGAAUGGAUUUAGUGGAAACUAUGAAAACCAUAGUCGCUAAAGGAAUGCAAACAGAAAUGGGUCCACCAGGAGGAGGUUCUGGAUAUCCAGCUGCCGCAAGUGGUGCUGGAUAUAUAACUGAAAAAAUGUACUCACUACUCCAAUGUUAUCUAACAAACAAGGGAUGGAAUCAAAGCAUCGAAUUACUACAAUACUUAACAGAAAUGAAAGAAGCUUCUAUGGUACCAAGUCCAGCCUAUCUUCAAAUGGUAGCACAGAGAGUGGCUAUGGAUUCACAAGGACGACUUGUUCUUCGAGAGAAUGGCAAAAUAAUUCUUCCCUUUGAACACUUUGCAAAUGCAGUGAUGAUUAAACACAUGAAUGGACCACAUGGAAUGCAUGUCACUUUAGAAGGAACUGUUCGCGCAGUAAUGGAAUCAUAUACAAUUGGCCGCGAAUGUUUUGGAAUGGAAAAAGAAUUUAUUGUCGAAGUUGUUCAAAAUUGUCCAAAUGAAGCAUGUCGAUUUUAUAAAAAUCAAUUGGAACUCACACAAAAAAUAGGAUCAAUGCGUCCAACUUAUAUUCAGGACAACGAAACAACAGCUUCUCUAUUACGAUCAUCCUUCCCACAUUCUUCCGAUUUGCAGGCACUAAGUGGACCAAAUCAAAAUCAACUAAUGGGUGGAUCGGGAGCCGAUUUCACUGAGAUGAGAAGCAGUGUAAAUCCAAUGAUUCAACGACCACCGAGUCGUCCGUCCCUAAAUAUUCCACAUCGGCCUGGUCCUCAAGAAAAGAAACAAGCCACCAAACAUUAUGAGCCAUUAAUUCCAAAUAUUCCAAUUUCAGAAACGCACAAAUUAAGUGACUUUUUACGAACGAAUUUGGAAAAUAUUGAAGGAAUCAGUGGUGGACUUGGUUUGGGAAAUUCUAAUAAAGAUUUGCUCGCUUUACACAAUGGUGCUUGGCCAUUGUCAGAAGCUGACAAUAAUUUUCGUUCACAAUCAACAAUCUCAGAAGGUGGUCAGGAGAAAAUUGUAAGAGGUUUUCAGGAGAUGAUGAAGAAUAUUUACAAAAUGAAAACCUGUGUUCGUCCAUCGAUGUGUAAACCCUAUGGCAAACAAUCGGAGGCUCUGCAAAAGACUCUGGUUGACACCAUUCAACUCGUGCAAUCAUUAAGAAGUUUCUUGCCACCCCCACAUAUUCCCGUUUCAAGUUGGAAAAACGAAGACAAACAUCGUUUAGAUCACAGCACCAUUCAGUACCUUCCAUCAUUAAAAGCCGGAUUGGACGACAUUUGUGAACAACGAAAACGGGACUGAGUAAUAUUAUUCCAAUUCACAGUGUUCUAGUCAAAUUAAGUCACUGAAUGGAAAUAAAAAGAAAAAAAAAUAAGAAAUGGCUUGCUCAAAGAUAUUGGCGUUUAGGACUUUUGUUUUGUAGGAGAAAAAAAUCGAAGACAUGCGUGGACUGUGAUAAAUAUGGAUACUAAACCAAACAGAAAUUUUUUUUUGGCGUAAAGGAGGUAAAAUUUUCUAUUAUAUAAUAUUAAUUUUUGUAAGAUACAAUUUUUAAGAUGAAAAAAAUUGUAACUUGUUUUGUGGUGCUCGUCAGAAUGACGAACAAAGAUUUUCCUUUUUUAAAAAAUUAUAAUUUUGUGUAAAUAAUUUUGUGACAUAUCGUUUCUUUUAUAUAUAUUGUUUGAGUAGUGAAUAUUUUAUAUAUAUACAAAAAACAAAAUGAAAUUCGACUAGUCAAUGAAAUUGAAAACAAAAAAAUCGAAGGCUUUAAAAUAUCAUUUUACAAAUAUUGAAAAAAGAAAAAGAGUUUCUAAUAAAAUUAUAUUCUAGUCGUAUACAAUAUUUAUAUAUAUGUAAUUCAGAAGAAACCAUUGACAUUAUAAAGGAACAAAAAAUUAGGGAUUAAAAUAUUUCGGUAAUAUGCAUAUAGAUAAUUGUGCACUCUAGUUGUUUACUUCUCAUGAUUAUUAUAUGUGAGAAAUUAAUAUUUAAAAAAAUAUAUAUAUAUGUUUUUGGCAACUAAAAGAAAAAAAACUAUAAAUUAUUGUUAAUGUUUUUCUUUUUAUUUAAUGUGUAAGUACAUUCGGGACGAUGCAAGACAAGUUUCUAAAAAAAUUCUAUAAGCUCCACAGGCAGGAUUUCAUAUUUUCAAGAUCAAUGUAGUAUCAAUAUUUAAAUUCUCAUAUACUAUUUGACUAGAAGUAUUAAAAUGUUUGUCAUUACGCUUUUUUUAAAUAUUAUAUUUUAUAAAAUCUAACUUUUGUAAAAAAAUUUUUAAAAAAUGUUUUAAAUAUGUUUUUAUAAAAAUAUCAUAAAUAAAAACCAUUAUUUUAUGAUAAAUAAUAAGAAUAUAAAAUACAUAAAUAUAUGUGUAAAGAAAAAUUAAUUUGAUUAUUUAUAAUAAGAACAACUUCAUUAUUUAUAAGAAAUUUAUUCUUUAUAAUAGGAUAUAACGUUAUUAUUUGUAAUUAGAAUAAUUUUACUAUUAAUUUUUUAUGACUUUCAAAAAAGCGUAUUGAUUUCUCAUUAAAAUAAAACAUUGAAAAACCUGUUGAGUUUUAACAUUAUUAGUUUUUGUUUUUAAACUUUAGCUAUACGUUUAUAUCUUUAAUAUUCGUCACGCAAAUACUGUAAGGUAAAUAGAUUACAAUUUAAUCGAAAAAUGCAACAUAAAGAUAUAAUCGUUAACAUAAUUGUUUAGCACACUAUUUUUUAUUAUUAUUAAAAAUAAUAAUCUUUUUGCAUUACAUAGAGUUAAUAUACUCUAAAAGCAUUUAAAAUAUAAAAAUCUUCAUGUAUGAAAAUAAGUAAAUAUUAAAAAUUCAUCGAAUUGUCAUUAAUUGAAAUUUUCUAUAUAAAACAAUUUUUUCAAAUAUAAUAUAAAUUACAAUUUUUUAUAUUCUACGAUUAAAUUAUCUACAUUAAGGUCAUUUUCAUGUUUAUUAUCUGGUUGUAUCAUUUAAAAAAACAGUCUUUUUAAAAUAUUUCUUCAUGUGUUCGAAGAUAAAAUAUGAUAGAUAAAUUGAAAAUAUACCUUAUUGUAUAUUAAUUUAUUAUGCAUUCUUAUUUUGUAAACAAUAGUUAUGUUAAAUAUAUUUUCUAUCUACUGUAACAUUAACUUUGGAUGCAUUGUAAAAAAUUUUAGUAACAAAUAAUUAAUACAAUUUGUUGAGAAAUUUAGGUAAAUAGUAAAAUUCGAUGCAUCCAAGAGUUUGAAUUAUAUUUCUUUUUUUAUUAUAUGAGUUUUAUCUAAUGAUUAUUAUAAAUAUAUAUAUUUCCAGUCUUGAUUUCAAAAUAUAUUUAAAAUAGAAAUAAAAAGCAUAUCCCAUGACAGAAACCGUGUUUACCAAAGAAUUUGUGUAAAAUCGAGAACAAGAUGUUUUAAACGUAUUUUAUAUAAUAUGUAAUUCAAGUCUUUAUAUCUGUAAGAACACGGAAGACAUGACGCGAUUUUUGGAUUAAAUCGGCAAUAUGUUUUUUUUUAAUAUAAGAAUGCAUUUACACAGAAGAUCAUAAAUUAUAUGAUUGUCUCAAGAUCAUUCCCAAUAUAUCUAUGUAGAAUUUCAUUUCAACUAAACGUUUCUUCUAUUUCGAAGAUCUCAGAUCUAAUUCCAAUUUUACAGCCGUAAAAAUUCAAUUUCAUAUCAAAGUUGAAUUUCAAUUUUAAAUUAAAUUUUUAGCCAAAGUUUAAUUUAAAGGAAAAUUCAAAUUAAAUUUAAAUUUUAUUUCAAUGAUAACAAUACAAAAUUUAAAUAAAUAAAUAAAUAAAUAAAGGUUUUUAGUUGAAAUGGAAUUCUAUACAUUGAUAUAUUUAAUAUUUCUAAAGAUCUAAGAAUCUUAAAAAAUAAUGCAAAAAAAUGAGAUUUUCCAAUAGAAUUUCCAAGUUUCGCGUCUUUUUCUUCAACUACAGCAACAUGCUAACGUAACUGUGGUAAAUAGUUACCAAUUUAAAGCACUCCAAUUACUCCGAUGGUUGUCAAAUAUUCCAUUCAAUUCAAUUCAAUACACGAAACGAAAGAAUUACUUUUAAAUUAAAAUAUAUAUUAAAAUUUACAUAAGAAUAAUUUAAAAGUACCAAUUUUUAAUAAACGAAAUAGUAGAGUUAAUUUUUAGAUAAAGUAACUAACAAUAAGUACAUGAAAGAAUUUCAUAAUUAAACAAAUACAAAAUUUAUUAAUUAUAAAAGCAAAAGAAAAAAUAAUAGUACAUUAAUAAUUAAAAUUAAUUCAAUUAUUAAUUAAUUUUAGUUGUUAAUAUAUUAAUUUUUUAAGUUUAUUGUUUCGAAUAUUAAAAAUUUGCUUUUAAACAUUUAUAUAUUCUUAAAUAAAAAGUAAAUUUCUUUCUGUUUGUGUCACCAAUUGAAUUCUAAAUUGCAUAUAUUAAAUGUAUAACAGAUAAAUGCAAUGUUAGUAAUUGAUUCACAUAUACUCACAAAACAUAAUGUUCACCAAUGCUGUCGCUAUAACUAAACACUAACUCGUCGUCGCUUGUCAGUAUUGCUCUCCUGUAUUCACGCGUCAUUAAUUCAAAAAUAAUAAUUAAAACCUUUUAACAAG